UAUUGCUUAACACACAUACUUCUUUUUCUUUUAUUGGGGGCAAACCGCGUAACACAUACACGCACAGAUUCGUGGAUGCGUACGUGUAAAAAUCUAUUUUGAAAAGCAAUAAAUGAAAAGAACACCAAUCUCAAGAAAAUGGGGUCGGCGAGUAAACGACGGCGUAUCAACUCACUCGUAGGCUGAUUGAAGUUUGAAAAUUAAGGAAGUCAUAAAAAAGGUUUUGGACUUUUGAUUUUUUGAUUUUAAUUUUGAAUGAAUAGCAAAGAAACGGAAGAGGAAGAGGAAGAGGAAGAGUUUACAUUGUGCAACUUCUUCUUCUUUGUGGGAGUUUCCAUUUAUUUAUUCUCUUGAUUUUACAGAUUUAUCGAGUCGCAAGCGUUUCUCUGGAGAACGAUUGUAAACUCGGUGAAAAGAAAAUGCGUUGCCAUGAGGUAAAAUCUUGGACAUUUUCGGGUUUGGUGGCAGCGUUUCUUGAUCUCUCUGUAGCUUUCUCGCUACUAUGCGCCUCUUCUCUCGUUUAUUUAACCUCCAAGCUGCUCGGUGUAUUCGGUUUGAACCUCCCCUGCCCUUGUGAUGGUCUGUUCAGUGACCCCCCGCAUAAGAACAAGUGUUUCCAAGAGACUCUAGUGAAUCUUCCUGUGAAAAAGAUCUCUUCUGUGCAAAGAUCCGUGAUAAGUACAACACCUUUUGAUUCACUUCCUUUUAACGAAGCUAAUGGUGGUGAGUGUGGUGGAAAGAAGAGAAAAGGAGAGCGUAGUAGACACGUUGAGUUUGAGAAAGAGGUGGUCUUUAGAACUCCGGAGGCUGAGAAUGCUUCAUGUUUCGAUCUUCUAACCUCGCAGAGUUUAAAGAAAGGGACUUUUAAAGUUAAGAGUAAGCGUCUCAGCUUCCACAGGUCGCCGUAUGGUUGCCAAAGUAAGCACUCUCCGCAAUCACCUGCCAGCGUCAUGGAGUAUCUGAACGAUGCUGAGGAAAAUCAUCCUCUUCUUGUUAACUCCAAAGAUGGUGGAAAAGACUUGGAGGAUGUUCCGUUAAAGAAAAGUGUCUCACUUUGUUCUAUUGGGUGUGAAGAUGGUGGUGCGGGGAACAAGCAACCAGAGAGGACACUUUCAUGGGCGGGAGAGGGUACAUGCACUUCCCCUGUGGAUCUAACACAAAAGCCUAUUGAACAAGUGCUUGCGGAAGAACGAGCUUCUCGUGCUGCAUUAGCUCUCGAACUGGAGAAAGAGAGAAACGCUGCAGCGACUGCUGCGGACGAGGCUUUAAGUAUGAUACUGCGGCUACAAGAGGAGAAAGCUUCGAUAGAGAUGGAAGCAAGGCAGUAUCAGCGGAUGAUAGAAGAGAAGUCAGCUUUUGACGCGGAAGAGAUGAGCAUUCUCAAAGAGAUUUUGCUGAGGAGGGAGAGGGAGAAACAUUUCUUGGAGAAAGAAGUUGACACCUACAGGCAAAUGUUUCUUGAGACUGAGCAACCUCUUCCCAACACCCCAGAUUCUAAACAACCAACUGAAGAAUCGCAAACACCACAACAGACUACUGACUCUUUUGGAUCUGAGAUGUUCACUAAUCAGAUGGACAGUCGUAUUCUUGAUUAUGAAAAUGUCGAUUCUCCAAAGCCAGGGGAGGUUGCCAAUGAUGGGGAAAUGAAGGUGAAUGAAGUAGAUCGAGAUCCAGAGAUUGUUAUAGAACAGCAAGAAGGAGAGGAGGGCACUUUAUUUUCAGAACCAGUUGCUGAGUUUAAGAAGGUUGGCGAGGACUCCGGCGACAUUGAUUGCUGUGUGCAUGAUAUCCAUGUGGUGAAAGAUGAAGAUAACAAAGUGCAACUGAAUGUUCCUUCGGACCAUGUGGUACGGGAUCUCAAACUGGAUAGAUCACAAAGUGUUUUAGGUACAAGUUAUGGACUUCCACCGGCGUGUCCACAAGGACGAAGGAUCGUGUCUCCAAAUAUGCGCAGGAACUCAAUGUCAGCUGUUGACUAUGAGAGACUGAAAAUAGAGAGUGAAGUUGGUUUGCUGAGAGGUCGUUUGAGAGCUGUACAGAAGGGAAGAGAUAAUAUCAGUUUCUCUUCCAAGGAACAGAGCAAAUCGGUUUUGGGAGAUAAAACAAGUCGGUUUUGGGAGGCUAGAAGAUCGGAACCUAUCGACUCUUCAAGCCCCUCUUCCACAAUGGUAAAAGCUAUGUCUAUGUCAUUGGACCUACAUAGCGCUUGAAAGUUGAAACGAGAGUUUUUGUCUCAAACAUUGUACUAUAAACGGUGUCGUUUCGGAACAAAACAGGGACGCUUUUGUGGUUGUCUUUAAUUAUAAAUGGUCGGAAUACUUUCUCUUUUCCAUCUUAGUGGCAUUUUGUCCUUUUUAUUUUUGUGAUAACCCUUUGAGCAUCAUUAUUGGUGAGAGCACUUUGUGAAUUUAUCAGAAAAUAAACAUAAUAGUACAAAUUCGCAAUUAUUUUUAACA